AUGCCGGCCCCUUCACCACUCGCGAUCGCCACGCAGGCCGUCACCCGCCUGGUCAAGGAGGACAAGUUUUACCAGAAGGAAGUCACCGCGCAGACGGAAAAGAUCAAGAAGCUCGAGGCCAAUCUGCCCGAGGCGUCCAAGACGGACGAGAACGCCGAGUACAUGCUGAGGCAGGAGCAAAAAGCCCUCGAGGAGACAAAAGCCGUCUUCAGCCCCCUGCACGAGAAGAUUGCCGACGCAGUCCAGAGACUUGAAGAGCACAUUGCCACGGCGGAGAGCGAAGGUGGUCCGGAGGGCGAGAUUGCCAAGGCGAAAGAAGCGCUGGAGCAGGGCAAGACUGUUGCAGCUUGA